CGUUGGUUCGUACAACUCAGUGUGACGUGGAUUAGAGAGCGUCUGUAGAAGCCUGGGAUAGUCUGUCUGAGUGGAUGUAGAAGAGACAGCACCGCUACCGAACGGUCUAGAAACCAGAGCUGUGCGAAGAUUCCUGGAGCAGACAGAGAGGAGAACCUGAAAAAUGUCACGAAAUACAGUGAAAGCAGGAAAUCUGAGGGACAAACUAGAUGGAAAUGAACUCGACUUGAGUUUGAGCGAUCUGAAUGAGAUACCAGUGCGGGAACUGGCUGCACUUCCCAAGGCCACAGUGUUGGAUCUGUCAUGCAACAAGUUUAUAACAUUACCGGGGGAGUUUUGUUCCCUUACUCACAUUGUGAGGUUGGAUUUGAGUAAGAAUCAGCUGAAACAUCUGCCUUCAGAAUUUGGGAGACUGGUAAAUCUUCAGCACUUGGAUUUAUUUCAGAAUCAGUUGACUAUGCUUCCUGAUUCCUUCGCUCAUCUUAAGAACCUUAAGUGGCUAGACCUGAAGGACAAUCCGUUGAACCUAGAUUUGGCCAAAGUCGCUGGAGACUGCUUAGAUGAGAAGCAAUGUAAAGAGUGUGCCCAAGCAGUACUGCUAUUUAUGAAGGUCAUACAGUCUGAACACGAUCAAGAAAUGCAGCGCAAACUAAUGGAAGAGCGAGCACAGAAACAGAAACGAGAAGUGGAACAGAGAAAGAAGGAGGAACGCGAGAGAGAACUGAGGCGUAGGGAGAAGGCAAAACAGAAGGAACGAAAAAGGAAGGACUACAAUGCUUUACAAGCAGCUCAGAGACAGGUCGCUAAGAACUCAGAGAGUGAAAAAAAGUUUGAAAAUCACAAUGCAUCUGUAUUACCUGCUAAAAAGCAAAAACAGCAAAGAACAUCCUGGAAAGGGAUUUUGGGGUGGUUCCUCUUGUUCAUGUUUAUCACGGCUAUUGGGAGCGUAGUAGUGUGCCGCUGGACACAUUUGCAGAAACACAGUAUAUGCGACAGUCCUAACGCGGUCUCUGAAGAAAUUAUGAAUGCUUUGCACAGCUACCAGAUUCUGGAACGAGUUCUACAGCCACCAGGCUCACAGCAACAAAGCCAAUAACAUUCGUGUAGAUGCACUUUUUUUUUUAAUAAGGGUGUAGCUAUGUUUUCCUUCUUUGGAUAUCGGAGGAGGUUUGGUAUUUGUGCCUGAUGUUGGCUGACUUUUUUUUUUUUUUUUCCCCAUUGUUUUAUCAUUUCAGGACAUUUGUUCCCAAGUUUUCAAUAUUUUUGUCAAUUUUUAUGUGAUUUUGAAAAGUUUUAAGUGUUACUUCAUUGCCACUUAAUUUCAACACUAAAUUUGGGAAGCAAUCCUUCUCUUUUACGAGUUCAUAAAGUACCCCAUCACUUUGAUGAAUUUCCCAGAGUAACACAAUUACUUACAUGAAAUUAUGGAGAAAAAGAAAAUCUUAUCUAAUAUAAAAUAUUACAAAAUAUGGUCCUGAACCACCAUUGGGUGGAUGCACACUCAGUGUAGUAAUCUGAAUUUCAAUCCCUCAAUAUAUGGCCUCCGAUUCUGUCCUUCAAUAACAGUGGCAGUUCAUCCAGAUUGUUAUUACUUGAACAGUUAUAUCUGUGUCACUGGGAUACAUUUAUCUACACUGCACAAAUGCAUUACCUGUUACAUCAGCCUGGUACCAAUCUUUUAAUCAAACACAAUUAAAAUUGUCUUUUGCUUAUGAGACUCUUUGCAUCAUGAAAAGAAAACAUGUUUUAAAAAAACAAACCCCAAGUUUCCAGAAGCUGUAAUUUCUAUCCUUGCGUACGUUGGGCUACAGAGUAGUGGCUUUAUCAAUAACUAGGUAUCCUCACUCUUAAUCUGUUAUUUAAUCCAGAUGUAUAAAUUUUACAGGUAGGAAGGGGCCCCGAGAUGAAUUUAUAAUUUUGCAUGUUUUUUUUUCCCAUCUGCACAAGAGAGAGUCCAAUUACCGUUUAAAGGCUAUUUCGAGCAUUAUAUUUCAUAAAAUGCAUGAUAUAGAGCAUGUUUGUAAAGAUAUAAAAUUAGAUUUUUAUCCUCG